UUUGCGCGCCGCCGCCAUGUCGGUGGUGUUUGUGCCGGAGAAGCUGCGGAGAAAAGUGGAGGUGACCCAGGAGACGCUGCAGCGGCUGCUGGAAGAAAAUGAUCAGUUGAUUCGGUGUAUUGUCGAGUAUCAAGAUAAAGGAAGAGCUGCGGAAUGCGUGCAGCACCAACACACUCUGCACAGAAAUCUGAUUUACUUGGCUACUAUUGCUGAGGCAUCUCCUUUGCCCAUCACAGAGAAGACAGCAGACGGUCUCGGAGCACAAAUGCCUGCCUAGAGAAAGUAUGAAGAAGGAAGUCUGUCUGGAAGAGCCAGGGGGGGGGGUCUAAGCAAUACCAUGCCAUUGGUGCUGACCAGCUGAAUCGUGCGGCUUUGUCUGUAAAUAAACUUGUAUCUCCCCCCCACCCCCACACCGGAAAGAAGUGGCAGAGUACACAGAAUUUACUCAGUUGCACCAGGCACGGUAUGAUGUCUAAAAGAACAUGAUGAAAGUUUACUAAGCGUGCCUGUUGAAUGGACAGAAUGGUACUCAGAAGUAUUUAGGCUACUCCGUAAUCAUUGAGAAGCAGAAAAUGUUGUGAUGUAAUAACUUGCUACUGUUUGAAGGAUAAGACUGCACUGCAGACAUUCAGUACAGGGAGUCAUGAAAUAGACUAAAAGCAGGCCUGUUCUUAUUGACAACUCUUGUAUUGGCCUGUUUCUUCAGUGGAAUAAAUUAUGCUGUGCUACCAGUAGAGGGCAUCACUAAUCUUUUAAUAUGUUUCCUCUUACAGAAACAGUAAUGGUUUUUUAUGUACUUAAUCUAGCCAGUGUAGUAAAUAAUAAACCCUUCUGCAAACCU